AUGGACGGUGAUCCGGCUGUCGAUCCAGGGCUUGACUCUUUCAGCUUGGCUUUCCCUUUACCUUACCGUGUCGGCUUUAUCGCAACGUUAGGUGAGCCUGGAAACCUUAUUCCAAACGUCUUAUCCAUUGCUAACUGUCAGGAAGCUGUUUGGGGCUGGGGAUUGAACCUUCACUGCCUUUAUUCAUUCAACGUCGACGUUCCUCAGCUAAUUCGAUAUCCUGGACGAGCCUCGCCGCAACACAUACCGCACCAUGGCUCAACGUACCGCCUGGCGAUUGUCCUCUCGACAUUGUUCGCAUUCUCGAUAUCUCUCUUCUGGUUGUGUACAUGGGGUAUACCUGAGCGUGUGAUUGCGUUUGGCUGGAUGCCGUUGGCAUACCUCACAGCUCUAAUUGCGAUGUUCGUGGUUCCUCUAAGAAACCUUCCUAGUGGUGGAAGAAGACGGUUUUUGGCUACACUGCGGCGUGUGAGCAUAGGUGGACUUGCUGAACCUCAAGAUGGAAAAUUUGGAGACAUCCUACUGGCUGAUGUUCUCACUUCAUACGCCAAGGUCUUUGGGGACCUCUUCAUUACUCUAUGCAUGUUCUUCACGGCUCAAGGGUCCUCUACGCAACGUCCUGACCGCAACUGCGGUGGGAUAGUUCUCGUCCCUUUUAUCAUGGGAGUGCCAAGUUUGAUACGAUUUCGCCAGUGUUUGAUCGAGUAUUUUCGUGUUCGACGAGCUCCGUACAAAGAGUCCACAGGAUGGGGAGGCCAGCAUCUGGCUAACGCGCUGAAGUAUUCGACGGCAUUCCCCGUUCUCAUCACCAGUGCUUGGCAAAGAUCAGUUGAGGAUCCCGAAUCCAAAGCAGCCCUCCACAAGGCCUGGCUUGUUGCUGUGCUCAUCAAUUCUCUCUACUCUUUCUACUGGGACGUGGCCAAGGAUUGGGAUAUGACUCUCUUCUCCUCGAGACAAGACCGCGAAUCCCCUACUCAUCCAUUUGGACUGCGAGAUCGGUUGGUCUUUCGGAACCCCAAUCUCUACUACCUCGUUAUUGGCAUGGACUUGAUGUUGAGAUGCACAUGGUCAAUGAAGCUUAGCAGCCGUCUAGAUAAGUUCAGCGAUCUGGAAGGAGGCAUCUUCCUCAUCGAGUUCCUUGAGGUAUUCCGUCGCUGGGUGUGGAUAUUCCUCCGUGUUGAGACAGAAUGGUUGAGGAACAACUCCACAGGCCUUGGAGUCGACGAUAUCUUACUUGGAAACUAUCAGGGCAAGGAUGAUGAAGACGAUUAA